UAUUUUUGACAAACUACAGGGACCAAAUUUGUAGUUUACUCUAUUUAUGAUUUUAUAAUUGUCCCGAUAUUUAACCUAACCCCUAAUUCUGUUUAACCGUAAUUGGAUACGACUACUAUUCACACACACACGUCUUAAAACCAUCAGCAGCAGACUCACUGGAGACUGACGAGACGAUCACUCUCCACGCCCCACCACCGCCAUUCAUGUGUAUUGUAGCAGUUGAGCCGGAGCUGGGGUUUUCAACUCUCUAGAUUCCAUAUUCCUCCACCUUUUCCAGAUUCCGUCGAAUGACGGAAUGAUUUUAGAGGCAAAAGAUGCGGCCGAUUGGACUUACAGAGGAGAAGGAGCUGCGAAUCUCAUUCUCUCUUAUACUGGAUCCUCUCCUCGUUUUGUUGGGAAAGUGUUAAGGAUACAAAAAGUUAAGAGAAAUGGGAUCAAUUAUGAGGAAGUAUCUUCAGCUUUAUCCGUACAUGAAUGCCUCCUGUGGAAACAAGAUUGCGAUCUUUUAUCGGCUCCAACAAGGGAAAUUGCAGAACAUCUAUACGUGCAGCAUGUAAUGGGUCCACUAUUAGGUCCCAAUCAUGUUGAUGCUGGGAUUCGCAUUUUUGUAUCCAGGGAUUUCCUCGAGUCAGUGCGGAAAGAUGCUCUUUCUUGGCGUCCUUCAUGGAGAGUUGAUGAUGCAGAUGUCAAUGCCCAGUGCGAUCAUGCACUGCUCAUAUCUGAUCAUUCAGUUUUUCCUCAGGCUCUUCGUGAUGAGGAAUUUUCGAUAUCUGUAGAGAUUAAGCAGCCUAAGUGUGGAUUUCUUCCUUGUUCAAGAUAUAUUUUAGAAGCGCAUGCAAUCAAAAGGACUAUGACACGUUUCAAGCUACACCAGAGCCUCAAAUUGCAACAAAAGAAGAUAUCACAAUUAAGUCAAUAUGAUCCAUUGGAUAUAUUCUCUGGAUCCAAGGAAAGAAUACUGAAAUCAAUUAAAGACCUCUUUUCGACCCCCCAGAACAAUUUCCGGGUGUUCUUGAAUGGUUCCCUUGUGUUUGGGAGCUUAGGUGGCGGGAAAUACAGAACUAACGUCAAUAACGAUAAAGCAUUUGAAGAUGCAUUGAAGUUUGUUAUCGAGGCUGAUGAUGGCAUGCGUACAACAUGCUUUCUGCAACUUGUUUCUGAGGCUAUUUUUAGAUCAGGAUUACUGGAUCAGCUUCUUGAAGUUCAGAAGCUUGAUGUUUUUGACAUAGAAGGGGCAAUUCAUGCAUAUUAUGAUGUUGUUUCUCAGUCCUGUGAGAUUUGUAGAGAGUUGGGUGAAGACAGACUAUCAGGUAGAUACAGUUCUUUGCAUUCACUGCUGUUGGAUGGAAGUUUGAAGAUUGUGAGGGAGUAUCUGAUCGCUGCAACUGCAAAAGACUUGAGUCUCAUGAUCAGUUUUCGAACAAGAGACAAAGGGGACCCACGAUCUCCAUAUAAUGUCAUUUUUCAUGAGUCAACUGGCCAAAGUUUUGAUUAUAAGGUAUCUUUUAUUGAUCUGGAUAUGAAACCUUUGAAGAAAAUGUUGUAUUAUUAUGAGCUAGACCAAAAAAUAGUAUGUUGCUACCAAAACAUGAUGAAAACCGCAAAGCCACCUGAAAUUUCUGCAAGUAAUAAAGGAAAAACUUCAUAUCAAGAUAAGUCCAUUGUUGUUAAAGAUGGUUCUCCAACUCGAGAUUUUGCUGCUUAGCAGACUAAUACCAAUCCUCCCAAGUCCCAACUGUCUGCAAUGUGAAGCGAAUUAACUACCACCUUUCUUCUCUCUUCUCCCAAUCAAUGGAUGGAAGAAAACAAGAGUUAUGGUGCAUGUGGAGUUACCUUUUGAGCACCAGAAUUGUGUAAUCUGGAUUGUAGGAAGAGAGGAAAGUUAUUGGAGCAUAAUUGGAGACAUGGAAGAAAGGGACUGGUCAGAAGUUUUCUCCACUACAGGAAAGUGAUGUAUCAAUUAUUUGAGUGUCUUUCCAACCCAAGCCAACAUGAGGCGUUUAAUCCUACAGCUGGAUGUUGAAUUAACUUAGGCAGGAAGUGGUCAGUAGUAAUGAUUUUCUAGAAGAUUGAUUUACCCUUGUAACGUCUUUGCAGUAGACAAGGCUAGUACUCUUAUGAUAGCAAGCUUUAAAAAAGCAGUGAUUGCUGAUAGUUUCUGGGAAUCGAAAAACUACCAACUGGACGGGGACCCAAUAUAAGACCUGCCUGUUGCGUCAAGGUUGGGAAUUGCUGUAUUACAUGAAAUGUGCUCUUAAUGUUAUGACUGAUGGUGCUGGAGGAAAUCUUGCUGGAGGGAUCAACAAGCUGCAGCACUUUUAAAGGAACAGGGGAUGCUGAAGAAGAAGUUGAGUUGAUGAAUCCAAGAUCCAUGGCAACAACAGUUGGUUAUCGAAUACAGUGUGCAAAGUUUAUGAUUCUUUCGUUUCCAACAACGAGACUUGUUCCAUUCAUGUGUCUUCCUUAGAAUAAUCGUUUAAUAUCGUUAUGCUAUAUAAUACAUUUAAGAAUGCGUUUAAUAAAAUUUUGCAUGUUUUUAUUC